GCGCUGGCCGCGAGUUGCGGCGCCUUUAAGCGUCGCGGUGACACGUGUGUGAGGCGGCCGAGGCCCGGAUGGUGCGUGUGCGGGGCCCGGGCCGAGCAGACGCCAGCGCCGCGGGCCUGCAGCCGGGCCCGCCGAGGGCCGGAUUCUGAACGACUGACCUGCGGCUUUGCUGAUUUAAGAGGCCAGAGCCGAGGAGCGUGGCAUCUGAGGGUUGUGCACCCCGCACCUGCCCCGUCUGGCCCGGAACCUGACCCCAUGCUGCAGCCGCCGUGCACCCAAGUUCACACGUCCCAGUGAUGCACCAUGCCGAUAGUUGAUAAAUUGAAGGAAGCCCUGAAGCCCGGCCGCAAGGACUCGGCCGACGAUGGCGAGCUGGGCAGGCUCCUGGCCUCCUCUGCCAAGAAGGUCCUUCUGCAGAAGAUUGAGUUCGAGCCCGCCAGCAAGAGUUUCUCCUACCAGCUGGAGUCCCUGAAGAGCAAAUACGUCCUGCUGAACCCUAAGGCGGAGGGAGCCAGUCGCCGCAGGGGUGGAGAGGAGCCUCAGGCCAGGAACCAGGGUACAGGCAGCGAGCAUGCGUAUGAGAGCAGUGGGGACGGCGUCCCCGCCCCCCAGAAAGUGCUCUUCCCCACCGAGCGGCUGUCCCUGAAGUGGGAGCGGGUUUACCGCGUGGGGGCGGGGCUGCACAACCUCGGCAACACCUGCUUUCUGAACUCGACCGUCCAGUGCUUGACCUACACGCCGCCACUGGCCAACUACCUGCUUUCCAAGGAGCACAGUCGCACCUGUCACCAGGGCAGCUUCUGCAUGCUCUGCGUCAUGCAGAACCACAUCGUACAGGCCUUCGCCAACAGCGGCAACGCCAUCAAGCCCGUCUCCUUCAUCCGAGAUCUGAAAAAGAUUGCCCGGCAUUUCCGCUUUGGGAACCAGGAAGACGCGCACGAAUUCCUCCGGUACACCAUCGACGCCAUGCAGAAGGCCUGUUUGAACGGCUGUGCCAAGUUGGAUCGUCAAACGCAGGCGACCACUCUGGUCCAUCAGAUUUUUGGGGGCUAUCUCCGAUCGCGGGUGAAGUGCUCAGUGUGCAAGAGUGUCUCGGACACGUACGACCCGUACUUGGACGUGGCGCUGGAGAUCCGGCAAGCUGCUAACAUCGUGCGUGCCCUGGAGCUCUUUGUGAAGCCAGAUGUCCUGAGCGGGGAGAACGCCUACAUGUGUGCAAAAUGCAAGAAGAAGGUUCCAGCCAGCAAGCGCUUCACCAUCCACAGAACGUCCAACGUCUUGACCCUCUCCCUCAAGCGCUUUGCCAACUUCAGCGGGGGGAAGAUCACGAAGGACGUAGGCUACCCGGAGUUCCUGAACAUCCGCCCGUACAUGUCCCAGAGCAGCGGCGAGCCCGUCACGUACGGGCUGUACGCGGUCCUGGUGCACUCCGGCUACAGCUGCCACGCGGGCCACUACUACUGCUACGUGAAGGCGAGCAACGGACAGUGGUACCAGAUGAACGAUUCCUUGGUCCAUUCCAGCAACAUCAAGGUGGUGCUGAAUCAGCAGGCCUACGUGCUCUUCUACCUGCGAAUCCCAGCCUCGAAGAAGAGCCCUGACGGCACCCUCCCCAGGGCGGGGUCGUGCGCUGCCGGCCGGGCCGCCGUCGCGGACCACUUCAAGAAGAACGUUGGCAACGGGAUUCUGUCCUCCUCGCUGACCGGAAAGCGGCCGGACUCGGCGACGCCGAAGAAGCUGCCAGCCCCGGCGGAGCUCGGCGUGCUCGUUCCCAGGAAUGGCUCUGUGCUGGGCCUGAAGUCUCAGAAUGGAUACGGUCCUCCGAAGCCACCCUUGGGGUCCCCUUCGCCCCGACUCUCCAAAACGCCCCCCAACACGCCGACCAUUCUGGAUGAGUCCGGAAAGAAAGUCAAAAAGUCGGCUCCCCUGCCGUUCACAUCCCCACCACACAGAGCUGCUCAGGGGCCCCACAGUGCCAGCGGCAGGGGCGGCGGCCACAGGCCCGGCUCCUGGGACGGCAGGGGCGCCACCCCCUCCCCCUCUACCUCACCCAGGCUCCCGGCCGCAGUGACUGCCAACGGGCCCACGACGGGCGGCACGAGCCCUGAGCCCAACAUGAAGGGUGCCAAUGCCCCCAGCCCGGAGCCCUCUGCCAGCAGCGACCCCGCCAGGGCCCCCACGACACCCGAGGGCAGAGCCACCCCAUUGGGUGAUCCUCAGGGAGCAAACCCCAGCGUGCCGCCAGACGGAGAGGACCCCAAGGUGGCGAAGCCCAAGUCCCCCGUCCCGAGCAGCACGGCCACCGAGCCCGCAAGCAUCAUGUCUCCUCCACCAGCCAAAAAACUGGCCCUUUCUGCCAAGAAGGCCAGCACCCCGCGGAGGGCAGCCGGCAAUGACCUCCGUCCGCCCCUCUCGCCACUGUCCGACCUCACCUACCCCAGGAAAACCACCCACCCGGUCGCCGCCUCCGCCUGGCCUGUCCGCACCAUCAGACCGGCCAGCCAUCCGAAGCUCCCCGUCAGCCCCUGCUCCGCGCCACUGUCCAGUAGCCCCCGGCCCCUCGGGACGUCAGACCCACAGAGCUGCUGCUCCACCUCUGCUCCCCUGCCUCAGGUCAACGGGGGCUCCCGGGCCCCUCCACGCCAGCUGCCGGAGGCCAGCAAACCCCCCCAGAGCCUCGGUAAGAAGAGGAAGAAGAGCCGCAGGGGAGCGACCCAGGGGCAGGGCUCAGACACGUGCCCCGCGGCGGCGGCCCCUCCUGGGAAGAGGAGAAGGAAGAAGAGGAAGCGCUCGGAGGCCAUGGACGCCUCCCCCCUCCAGGAGGGGCAGGUACGGGGGCAGCACUGCAGCCUCGAGCGCAGCAAGGAGGGCCGGGCUGAGGUGCCCGUCGACAGCCUGGAGGAGGAGGAGGCCGGGCAGCGGCAGAACGGCCAGUGCCUGGCAGGUGGCCCACAAGCAGGCUGUGGGACCAGCGGCCACCACGUGAGCAGCAGGAAGAGGAGACGGAAGGGAGCGGAGGGCCUCGGUGCCGAAGACUGCCUCCCGCGGGCCCCGCCGUGGCCCAGGAGCUGCUUGCUCUCGGACGUCACUGGGUCAGAGGCCGGUGCAGCGUCUCCAAGGAAAAAGAAAAAGAGAAAAAGGCAGCAGGAGUCUCAGCAGGAAGUACCGGAGAACGAGCACCCCGAAGCCUCCAGGGGCGAGAGGCGGAGGGGCCCCGCCGUCCCCGGGAGCCAGGCCUCAGUGGCUGUGAACGGCAGGUGUCCCGGGGACCGAGCAGGGCGGGCGCAGUCUCCGCUCAUGUCCCGGGGCCGAGACCGGGAGGCCGACGUGCUCCAGGAGCUGCUUGCCUGCGCCUCGGAUAAGGCCUACGGGAGAAAAGUGUUGACGUGGGACGGCGAGGUGUCGGCCGUCAGUCGGGACGCCAUUCAGGACAGCAGGUGGGCCCGCGCGGCCACAGUGAUCGACGACUGGGACGAAGAGUUCGACCGAGGGAAGGAAAAGAAAGUGAAAAAGUUCAAGAGAGAAAAGAAAAGAAACUUCAACGCCUUCCAAAAACUUCAGAGUAGACGCAACUUUUGGUCUGUGACUCACCCAGCUAAGGCUGCCAGCCUCAGCCACCGCCGCUGAGCUUGCUGCUGUUGAGAUGGCCUCCGGAGACGAGGUGUCCUUCCCGGGUCCUGUCCGUCCGAGCCGAGAACAGCCUUGCCGAGAACCAUGGUGCCCCGUGGCCACCAGGCCGGCACCGCGAGCCGCCGCGGGAGGACGGCCCACGGAGACCUCCGGCUGCUUUGGACUGGGGCGUCUGGGGUCACGGCACACACCGUGACAGAGUGCAUGGCCGUGCGUACCACGUGUGGCAGGACGCCAGGCUGGCGGAGCGUGUGGCCCACGGGGAGAGCCGGGGAGGCUGGCGGCUGGACCCUGCUGCUGCCACCGGCGCCACUGUCUGGUCCCGGCCUCCCGGUCUCCGCGGGGCGGGGGCCCCGUCUACACCUUACGCGUACCCUGGAAGAGGAAGCCCAGGCCUCCCUUUCGUGCGGUCGGGGCAGCCCUUGCGGUGUGUGCGUCCCGCGCAAGAGACUCCAGCGUCUCUGGAGAGCAGGGCCCCGAAACGACGUGUGGACACCUCUGCCUUUCCGGCCGUUCAUCCUGAGGCGGCUUCGCCGGCCCUCCCCCGCAGCUGCGGCGACCCGGGGGCCCUCGUUGAGGUGGUGGUCUUGGCGUAGAACCCUCCUUUUCUUCUACUACUUAACACGAGACUUUCGUUUCGACCAGGUCUGUGGCUUCCAUUAGCAAUAUGUUCCUCCCCUGAUACGCAACACCGGCUGCAUUUGCUCAAUUUUGUGAGUGCUUUGGAACUUAGAUGAUUGUACGACUCGAGAAGAUCACGUUUUUACCUUACCCGAGCUGUGCCUGCGAACUUGUAAUUUAAUAAAUGUGCAAAACCCGCAGUCGAGGUGGCGUUUUGCGGAGUGCACACAUGUGACCCGGUGCUAUCGGGCGCAGAAGUGAGCCUUAGGGUGACUCCCCGCCGUGCGAGUGCGCUUUCUUGCCUCUUGGGAGCGUCCACGUGGAAGUGGACGGAUGUCUGGUGUGGACCUGUCCGUGCUGCGCGGCCCGAGCCUGCUGGUGCCCUUGUCUGUCUCUUGUUCCCGAGCCUUGCCGCGCGCUCCGGGGCCUGGGGGGCGGGAGGGGGGGGUCAGAAAAAGUGUUAUGUUUUUCACAGGGGGAGACACGUUAACUUUUUCACGGAGGUAGCUCUGUUUGGUUUUCCCUUCUAUUUUUCUAUUUCUCUUUGGAAAAGGUGGGGAGAGUGCUAGUAGGCGUGACUGCUCCGGGGCUGACCCGGGGCCCAGUGCCGUUUGCUGUUUCAGAGGACGGAACUUCCUUCACGGAGGAGGGUUGUUCCCCCGGUGCCCCCCCAGCCCGCAGUGUUCUAUGGCUUUGUCACCUGCCAGUUUGGAGGGAAGACAGGUACCUUUAUGGGCAGGGCUUCCCCACUCCCACCCCCUGCAGUGUUGACCUUCAUUCUUAUAUGGGCCUAUUUUUCUGGAACGUUCUGUAGUUGAAUUGUUCUCAGCACAGAGUCUGUCUCUUUUCUUGCUCCCCCUUCAAACCAGGCUCUCCCCUUCUCCACCGGGUCAUUACGAAGCCUCGUACUGAGGAGAACGUGCCCCCUGUGUCUUGGGCGGUGCUGAGCGUGCCUGUCUCCCGCAGUCAUGGCGUUCGGUAGGGGCGAGCCCUUUCCUCCCACAGAAGGUCAUCGCCACACUGGGAAGGGGGAAGGAUGGGCCCGGAAAAUCAGUCCAAACUCUAGGAAAUGUAAAUAUAUAAACAUAUAAAUAACUAAAACUUUUUAAUAGCAGUGAUUUGGUUGACUUAGAACAUGGGUCUAAUUUAACUUUGUGUUGGGGGAGGGGUGCCCCUUCUUCCAUUGGUCCCGUGUGGCCUCACUCACCUGCCUUUUCCCGGUGGGCUUAGCCCACCACGUGCCCGCGCACUGUGCCUCCGCUUCGGGGACUGAGGCGCCUCAGACGUUGCCAAGAUCUGGCUGCAAUAAAGUGAGUUUUUGUGA